ACCGUGGAAACCAUGCACCUGAAGCUAGCCCACACCCUCCGCAGCCGCAGGGUCUUCGUCGCCAACGACGAGAAGCCCGGGCCACCGGUGUACACGAAACGGCAGCAGAUUACGUAUGAUACAUCAUCGAAGACCCCUGCAUGCCGUGAAGGCACCGCAGAAACUGCUCUAGAACACUACAACCGACUUAACGAGGAGGAUGAGCAUGAGCUGGUUAAAGCAGUGGAGUCCGUCACCUUCUUCUUCAGCGGCCCUUGGAUGCAUGUCAACUUCCUUGCUAGGCUGAAAGGGGGCACCACCUGUGUUGAGCUCGUCCCCAAGUACUUCUUUGCAGAACUGAGAUCGAAUCCGAAUAAGAAGGGCUUCUCAUGCGUCUCCUGCGUUAAGUUGGACCCAGCUGAUUCUGAAACAGCACCUGUUCGCGGUUGUGAGAUUUGCCGAAGCCGGAUCUUCCAUCCUGCCGCUGGAGGACACCGAGGUGCUCUGACUCCGCGUUCUGCUGACGGUGACAAUAAACAGGAAAACCCCGCUCCCAAAACGGCCAAGGCCCUCUUUGAUGCGUGGAUCUGCAAGAUGCAGCAAUAGGAAGAACAGACUUGGAUGUGUGUUUGUGGUGCUUCUCUGAAGUCACAUAUGUCUGUGAGGAGGUGCUCAAUAAACAGCGAA